AUGGAGACCAGGGAGGACAAAUCCCCACGGCAGAUCCUCGUUGAAGAAGCCAUUUUGAGCGGCUCCACGGGGCAGGAAUCCAACGGGGAGGAAAAGUCCUGGCGAUCCCUGGUGAGAAGAGACUGCAAAAGCAGAUCACGAGGAUCUGAGGAGGAAAGAGCCACCCUGUGCCAGGAAGGCGACCAGAGAUGGAGCCAGAGCUCAGACCUGGUGGUCCAUGAGCAGCUUCCUGAUGGGGAGAAGCCCCACAAGUGCUUUGGGUGUGCGAAGAGCUUCAGCUGGCGGUGCGACCUGCUUCACCACCAGAGGAUUCACACAGACGAACGGCCCCACGAGUGUGGGGAAUGUGGGAAGAGCUUCAGGAAGAGCUCCAGGCUCAUAGAACACCAGAGGAUCCACACUGGGGAGAGGCCUUACGAGUGUGGGGAAUGUGGGAAGAGGUUCAGCCACAGCUCCAACCUGAUAAAACACCAGAGGAUCCACACUGGGCAGAGGCCCUACGAGUGUGUAGAAUGCGGAAAGAGGUUCAGACACAGCUCCAACCUAACCCAGCACCAGAAGAUCCACACUGGGGAACGGCCAUACAAGUGUGGGGAAUGUGGGAAGUGCUUCCUGUACCGUAGUUACCUGACCAUACACCAAAGGAUCCACACUGGGGAGAGGCCCUACAAGUGUUCCGAGUGUGGGAUGGGGUUUCUGACCAGCUCCCAGCUCCUUGAACAUCAGCAGACACACAUAGAGGAGAGGCCCUUCCGCUGCCCCGACUGCGGGAAGGGCUUCACGCGGAACUCCAACCUCACCCGCCACAGGCGCAUCCACACCGGGGAGAGGCCCCAUGAGUGUGAUGUAUGUGGGAAGAGCUUCAUACAGAGGUGGGACCUGAUCUGCCACCAGAGGACCCACACUGGGGAGAGGCCUUAUGAGUGUGAUAAAUGCAGCAAGAGGUUUCCCACCAGCUCCAAUCUCCUCGUACACCAGCGGAUUCACACAGAGGAGAGGCCCUUCCGCUGUCCCGACUGCAGGAAGGGCUUCAAGCAGAAAUCCGCCCUCACCACCCACCUGCGCAUCCACACCGGGGAGAGACCCCACGAGUGUCCCCAGUGUGGGAAGAGCUUUUCACAGAGGUCUCACAUGACCCAACACCAACUGAGGCACUGCUAAGAGAAGCCCUGUGAGUGCCCUGAGUGCAGGAAGAGCUUUGUGCACUGCUCCAGCUGCGUCCCCCACUGGAGGACACACGUUGGGCAGAGCCCUGGUGACCCACAUUCCCUGUGAUCCAUGUCGGGAUCUGGUUCCAUGUCCUGGCUGGUUAUCCUUUUUUUUUAGCCCUAAUAUUUUUCUCCUCUCUCUUACUUUGCAUUCCAGAAGCCAAGAGAGAUCCAUCUGUCACCUCAAAACCAAUGAAAUCCCACUGAGAAUAACUCAACCUUACCCCAAAAGGGCUCAAUCCCACCCCAGAAUGGCUUGUUCCCACCUCAGAAAAACUCAAUCCCACACCAAACUUAUUCAAUUCCACAGCUGCCAGGCUGAGAUGGGGCUG